AGGAGGAGGAGGAAGAGUUGCCGCUGAAAGGAGGCGGCGCAGGAGGAGCCGGGCGGCCGCCGCCAGCCCCGGGCACCGGAGUCCUGCCCGCUGCCGCGCGAGGAGCCACGGGCGCGAUCGGGGCCAGACGGCGGCUCCUCCAUGAUCGCCCCGGGAGCCGGGAGGACACUCGGCCCGGCCGUGCGAGCGGCGCUGCGUGUCCCAGGCGCGGCGGUGGCGGCGGAGCAGCGGCGGCAGCCGGGUCCCGAUCGGAGCGGCCACAGCCCGGGGCGUGUGCGCCCCGCGCGGAGCGGGCUCGGGUUCCCCACGGAAUGUCCCCGGGGCGCCCGGCGCGCUGACCCCCGAGCCGCCUCCGCCCUCGGCGCCCGCCGCCCCUCGCGGUCGGGCUCGGUGUUCCGGACCGCCAGCCCCCCGGCUCCGGGGCACGGGGGCCGCGCCGGGGGGCGGGUGUCCUCCGCGGGCCACGACCCAGCCCUCCCCCGUGCGCCUCUCGCUUAAGAUGGCAGCGGAGUCAGGGGAACUAAUCGGGGCUUGCGAGUUCAUGAAAGAUCGUUUAUAUUUUGCUACUUUAAGGAAUAGACCAAAAAGCACAGUACAUAUCCACUAUUUCUCCAUCGAUGAGGAGCUGGUCUAUGAAAAUUUCUAUGCAGAUUUCGGACCUCUGAACUUGGCAAUGGUGUACAGAUACUGCUGUAAGCUGAACAAGAAACUGAAAUCAUACAGUUUAUCAAGAAAGAAAAUAGUGCAUUACACCUGCUUUGACCAGCGGAAAAGAGCAAACGCAGCAUUUUUGAUAGGUGCUUAUGCCGUCAUCUAUUUGAAGAAGACUCCGGAAGAAGCCUACAGAGCGCUCCUGUCCGGCUCCAACCCCCCCUACCUUCCGUUCAGGGAUGCUUCCUUCGGAAACUGCACGUACAACCUCACCAUCCUCGACUGUUUGCAGGGCAUCAGAAAGGGAUUGCAGCACGGAUUUUUCGACUUUGAGACGUUCGACGUGGAUGAGUACGAACACUACGAGCGAGUUGAAAAUGGUGACUUCAACUGGAUUGUUCCGGGGAAAUUCUUAGCAUUUAGUGGACCACAUCCAAAAAGCAAAAUUGAAAAUGGUUACCCCCUCCACGCCCCCGAAGCCUACUUCCCUUACUUCAAAAAGCACAACGUGACGGCCAUCGUGAGGCUGAACAAGAAGAUCUACGAGGCCAAGCGCUUCACGGACGCGGGCUUCGAGCACUACGACCUCUUCUUCAUCGACGGCAGCACGCCCUGCGACAACAUCGUGCGCAGGUUCCUGAACAUCUGCGAGAACACGGAGGGGGCCAUCGCCGUCCACUGCAAAGCCGGCCUGGGCAGGACGGGCACGCUGAUCGCCUGCUACGUCAUGAAGCACUACAGGUUCACGCACGCCGAGGUCAUCUCCUGGAUCCGGAUAUGCCGGCCCGGCUCCAUCAUCGGGCCCCAGCAGCACUUCCUGGAAGAAAAACAAGCAUCGUUAUGGGUCCAAGGAGACCUUUUUCGAUCCAAAUUGAAAAAUAGACCGUCCAGCGAAGAAAGUAUUAAUAAAAUUCUUUCGAACUUGGAUGACAUGUCUAUAGGUGGAAACUUAUCCAAAAUACAGAACGUGGAGCGAUUUGGAGAGAACAACUUAGAAGAGGAUGAGGAUGUGGAAAUGAAGAACAGUAUAACCCAGGGAGACAAACUACGUGCCUUAAAGAGCCAGCGCCAGCCACGCUCCUCGCCGCCCUACGCGUUCAGGUUGGACGAUAUGAAAGGGCACCCGAGGGCAGUGGUGUGCCAGCCUUUCAGACUGGCUUCUUCCUCACAAGGAUCUGCGUCUGCUCUGAAGAUCUGCAAAGUGGCUUCGCCCCCGUCCGCCACGGCCAAGCGGAUCACCAGGGGCAGCUUGGCCUCGGGCGCCAGUGGGAGAAGCUUCUCCGUAAACUCGCGGCUGGCCAGCUCCCUGGGGAACCUGAGCGCGGCCGCGGAGGACCCCGACAGCAGGAAGACCCCGCCCUGCAAGGUGGGCCUGGCCGCCAGCCCCUUCGCCAACCUCCUCAACGGCAGCUCCCAGGCGUCGUCCAGACACUACCCCGAGCUCAACAACAACCAGUACAGCCGCAGCCCCUCGAGCAGCCAGCGGGGCUCCGCGAGCACCAAGACGGAGGAGCUGGGCCCCGGCCCUGCCGCCCCUAGCCCCCGGGCCUCCUACACCGGCCUGUCCUCCUCCUCGGCCCGGUUCCUGAGCCGGUCCAUCCCCUCCCUUCAGUCUGAGUAUGUUCAUUACUAAGGCCCUGCCGUCGGGGACCGCUGCUCUUAGCGCCACCGCUGCACCGGGACCAGCGCCAGCACCGGCUGCGGCACACGGAUACCUCCGCCGUCCUCCCUCUCGUUAAAGCGACCUUCAGGGGACCCCCCGCCGCCUGGCCCAGACCCCGCACAGGCACUGAGGCUGUGACCCACACUUCUGAGGACCGUUUUAACGCGGGCUCGGUGAUUUCGAAGGGUUAUUUUUCAUGUACCGCGGGAAUCCUUUCUUAUUGUACCUGUACAGUGUCACAUGGUGUAUGUAUUGUGAACGUAAAAAGCCUAUUUUGAUAAAUUUAUAAAUAUUUACAAUGAUGGAAAAGCUAGACUAUAUUUUGACUUAGGUUUUCUUGCUCUUUGCUACCAAAAAAAGAACUCCUUUGUAUUUUGAAUUUGUGCAGCACGCUGUUCAGUGCGAUGAGCCGCCACCCCCUGGGGGGGAAGGCCCGAGGAAGCCCCGUUCGGAGAGGGGCUGUUCGCCCAGGAACGUGGCCGGCAGGCCCUCCUUUCGGGGAAGUCGGCCCACGGUCAGGAGCUGCCCAGGCUCCUCUCCGGGGGAGCCUCAGCCUCCGGCCUGGCUCCGGACGCGGUUUCCCCUUCGUUUUUGUUGCUGAGCCGCUUAGUUUUGCACCCUCGGGGCUUUCUCCACACUGAGCACCUCGCCGGGUGCUGCUCCCGAGAGGGCUCUCCCCCGAGAAGGACUCAGGGCUCCCAAGCCAGGAGGAUGGCCGCUCUGGGUACGAGGCAGCGCUGGCCUGUGAUCGCACAUGGCCAGGCACCAGUGUCCAAAUCAGGAAGAGAAACAGUGGGAAAGGAUGCUGCUAGGUGGUUCUCUGGGUUUCAGAGAGAAGGGGCCCUGGGCACGCAGCUGGCCUGGGAGGACCCCCCCCCCCCCCAGAGGCCCUGGGCUCGCAGCUGGCCUGGGAGGACCCCGCAGGGGCCUCGCUCGGAGGUCUGCGGGCUCAUUUCCUGGGGAGUUGGGGCCUGCAUCCCGAUUCCCCGUUGCGCACCCAUUGAGUUAUUUAUGUAUUUAUUAGGACGGGUACCUCCAGACUGUCACACGCGCUUCAGCAAAAUAUCUUGUUUGUUUUACGUUUUAUACUUUUAAACAGGCAUUUGAAUGAAUGUUUGACUCAGGUGGGUUAGCUUAACCUUCAAGAACGACAGUACCAAAUAAUUGCACUAAGUUGAUUUAAAAUAAAGAGAAUGGUAUGUUUUUAGGGAUCACAAAUUAUGGAAUUAAAUUGUAUACUUUUUCUAAACCUGAAAUAGUGAAAUAUUUUAUUAUGAGUUAUUGUAUAAAAAAAAAGAGACUGGUGAAUUGUACAGGCUGUUGAUAGUAUUUUUUUAAAAAAACUGAUCAGUGGGACACAAUCCAGGUGAAAUCGGAGAAGUGGGAAAGGGAACCACAUUGACAUUUUAGUUCUGUGAACACUAGUUCGUGUGCAGCUAUGAAAAUGAUUGUAAAAUUGACUGCUGUAAAUUUCUCAUACGUAUGUGUGUAUGCUCGUCAUAUGUAUCUACAUGUGUACGUCUUAAAAAUUAUUAAUACACGUGUGCAUACAUAGACAAACCAAGAAGAGUAUGUAUAUAACAUAGAAAGUAUAUGGCAAAGUAAUUCUACUGCAAUAAAUUGUUUGACAUGUAUUUUGUUAUGAAUAGUUUACCUUCCAAAAGAUAUUCUGUUCUAUUUUAAAGUGUAGAAGGCUACACUGCUAAUAAAUAAUAAAAGUUUUAUGCCAUUCA